AUGUUCCAAGUCAAAAUUCGCAUUGGUUUAGUGGCGGCCAAGUUGCAACUUCUUCGACUCUACCGCAUGCAUCGACGCUCGGCGGCCAACGCGCUCUCGAAAGCUACAAGAGGAUUCACGAAAAGAGAGUUUAAGACGGCUCAAAGGCUUCUUGCCUCCGUUCCGUCUGGCUCCAAGGCGACCCCGUCACCCCCUUCACUAUUUUCUAAUACGUCAACCCAGAAGAGACAAGACGACCAAAUGCUUCUCCAUCCUUUAUACCGCGAGGUCGCCGAUCAAACUUCAAUGCAAGUCUUCGAAUCAGAACUUGUGAACGAGGGCAACAUCGGCCUCGCACUCGCCUUUCCUUCAAAAACGCCAGACCCGCUAAGGAUAUUUGGUAUUCCAAAGUCUGUAGAGAAGACGUUUGAUUUGGUCACUCGACCGUUUUCCGUAGUUCGUCGCCCGACACUCUCGCUACGACAAACGUUGGAGAAUGCUCGAAAAUCCGGGUCGGACAAUAGAAUUGUCAUAACCGGCGGAGCAGGAACAGGAAAGAGUUACCUGCUCUUGCAAACCAUAAUACACUGUGUCGCGUCAAAUUGGAUUGUCCUUUAUCUUCCGCGAGCCAUUGAUACCGUCAACUGCACAACACCAUAUAACUACGAGCCAAGAACACAAACUUUCCUACAGCCAAUGCUGUCCGAGAAGCUACUACGUCAACUCCGAGAUAUGGGUCAUAGCGGCCUGAAGAAAUUAACACUGACGAACGACUUUGCCAUUGACUCGGCCCCGCCUGGUGCUCCCAAAAAGGGACAGAGGCUAAUUGAACUUAUAGAAUAUGGUAUCCUAGAGGUAUCAAUGGCACCAUUUGUAUUAGAGCAGCUUUUGGCCGAGCUUGCUUCCCAAACACAAUAUCCAUUCCUCUUGGCUAUCGAUGACUUUCAAGCACUAUACAGCCAAUCGCAAUACAAGACCCCACAGUUUGAGCCCAUCGAGAGUUUUCACCUUUCUGUGCCUCGCCUGUUACUCGAGUACGCAUGCGGUUCGCGCAAGAUUCACAAUGGCGCAUUGCUCAGUGCUCUCUCCAUGUCGAACACGUCCUGGUUACCCAAAACGGAGAUCUACGAGGCACUCAAUCUCGAUCUUACCCAUGGUAAGCGUCCAGAUGCUUGGGAUAAACGCUCCGAGGCGUAUCAACAUUACGCCGCUGGCCUGAAGGCUUUCCGUAUGCCAGAGAGGCUGGAAAUCAAGGAAGCUGCAGGCAUCUUGGACGUGAUGAAGAAUGACCGGGCACUUCUCAGUGACCCGUCUGACCAAUUAUUCCUAUCAAAGUAUUGCGAGUCCAAUGGAAAUCCUAAGGAGUUUGUUUGGCGAGGUCUGAUGGCCACCCUGGACUCGUAG